AUAUAAUAAUAUGAAUAUGGGUGCAAUGAGAUAAACCUAACCAUGUGACCAUGCUUCAGUUUGAUAUCUUUUCUGGAGAAAAUGAAGAACUGGGUGCCGAUACCAAUAGCCUCACUCCUCCAAAAAACCACUCAGUCUUCAUCAGACACAACUCCUUCAAAAUCACUCUGAAACUUCAAACACACUUCUGAUCUAAGUACCUGGCUAAAGAUCCGUGCUUGAAAAUGGCAGGCUGCCCACUGGACUAGUACUUGCAAGUUUCGAAUCGGGACGCCGGUCUAGAAAAGAUGCCGGUAAGCUGCAGACAAGGACGAGUUGGGUCGGAGUAGUUAUCUCAGGCUGAAUAAAUUGCACGGCGUCCAUCGUCUUCCGGUAGAGGUCCGAGGAAGUCUCUUGGCCACAAAACGAAGUGUCCUAUGGCUGAUGAUGCUUCAGAACAAGAGGCCGGGUCAGAGGGUGGUGAUGCAAUAAAAAUAAAAUCAGCCGAAUUCGCAACCAAAUUUAUGAAGGCUUUCGAUGCUUCCAAAGACACACUUCAAAAUUCCGUGGUUUGUCAGCUGGCGAAAAACAAAGAACCGCUGGGAAUGUGCACACUGGGGCCACAUUACUACGCGGGCAUGCCGCUGGCCGUGAAGGAGGUACUAGAGGGUUCGUUAGUUGACACGUCAUGUCUUGCUUAUGGAGCUAGUUGGUCCACCUGGAGCUCUGAGUUCAAACUUCCGCGAGUUUGGCCGAAACUGACCCCUGAGUGGAGCAAAUGGGUGCCAAGGAUGGAGCAUUUCUUUGCUCAAAAAUGGAAGGACUAUGGAAUAUAUGAUAGUAUAAAGAUGACUGAGCAAGAGAUUCAUAUGGAUCGGCCCCUUCUUGCUGCGAGCUUAUGCUUCUGGUCGUCCGCAACCAACACCAUCAACUUGCCUCUCGGUCCCAUGACCCCUACUUUGUUAGACAUGGCCGCAAUAUUUGGGUUUCGGCCGAAUGGCGAGGCGGUUUGUGCUACAGCCAAAUUCCCUAGUUCCCUCCAUGCUAGUCUGAAACCUAAAGCAAUAAAGAAUGACAAGAAGGCUAAAGAUGACGCAGAAGCUAAGGCAAAGCAAUUACUCAACUAUAGCACCUUUUAUGCCACACAUGCAGUUGAUGAAGCAGUUUCAGAAACUAGGAGGCAACCUCCAAAACAGCACGAACACGCCGCCUUCCUUCUCUAUUGGCUUUGUAAGUUUGUAUUUUGCUCCAAGUCAAAUAAGUGCACUUUUGAAUUUGUUGGUAUUGCAGAAGCUCUUAGCAUGGGUAGACCUCUAGCCCUUGGGCCAUUUGUUCUUGCUCGCCUCUACCGUGCUUUACGCAAUGCAGUGAUCGAUAAUAUGAAUUUGGAUAUUGGAGGGCCAUUAUGGAUGUUUCAAGUGUGGAUACAGACCUAUUUUCAUGAGCUCCGGCCGACAUGUCCUCCAUUUGUCCCCACAAUGACACUUGGCCGUCAGAUUAUUGCCCUUGGCACUCAUACACAUUCAGCCGUGCAGUGUUUUGCCUUCUUUUAUUCAAAAAAGACUAUGUCCAAAGACGAGUUUGCCAUAUGUUACAGCCGAGAUCACCCUUCUUUCCUUGAGAUCAACAUAUCAAAACCAUGGGAUAAAAAAUUUGAAUUGGAUGUGAUUCUGACUUGGGGGAGUUUUCUGAUCUCUCGAGACCUGAACUAUGGCCUCAAAGGCACCGUGCGUCGGUAUGGUGUGGAGGUCUAUCUUCCCAAUUUUGUUGCACGUCAGCUUGGCUUCAUACAAAGUUGUCCGGCCUUAUUCUUGAUGUCAAGAAACUACUUCUCGUCAUGGAGAGAUGGGUUCACACGAACUUCUCAGUGUUCGGCCGUUGGUAACUACUAUGAAGAGCAAUUUGGCAAGUUUGAGAGGUCCGGCCUAAAGCCUCGUUGUCCUGAUCAUAGAGCCACCCCACACUUCCAAGCUUGGUGGUUGACUUUUAUCAUGAAAAAUCUUGGAAAGGACUUGGCUGGGACCCAACGUGCUGCUUUACAAGGACUUCCGAACUUGCUAGGCCCCAAGGAAGGUAAUGGUAAGAAGAAAGCACCGGAUGGCAAGUUAAAAUCAACCAAAGGAUCCUCUAAACAAGGACAAACAUCGAAGAAACGUGGCUCAACAUUGGGGUAUACUCGGAACGCCAAGAAAACAAAGUAAUCAUCGGAUGUGGUGGAGAAUUCGGUCACAAACCCGACGAACACUAUGGUUAGUGAGGACAUAUUUUUUUAGGCUAAUAUGGAUGAUGGCCACGAUGCUUUGGCUGAAAACCAAAAUACGUCUGAAAUUGAGGAUAUGGCCGAAA